AUGAGAUCUCACCGUGUGUACGGUGUAUUGGCCCGCUACACAUCUCGAGCCUUGCGAUAUUUGUACUACAAGGCUCCGGUGGUUCUUGUUGUUGCAUUGGUGUGUUUUUUCUGCUCGAAAAAGCCUUCUUCUACUGAUGUACACUUUAGUCAUUUCCUGGAUUAUUCCCGUACAAUGCACCUUUUCCAACCAUACCUAGAUACUGUCGUCGCGGGAAAUUGUGAGCUUGAAACCGGCGGUGAUAGAGAUAUGAACUUGUGGCAUGAGUAUUGUAACCGGGUCAGAGAUCAGUACGAUCCCAGAACUCUGUCUGUGGUAUGGUUGAAGCUUAUCAAUGAGCACAUAGCUGGCAAUACGUUUGAUACUUUGAAACUCCCUUUUUCAUGGCCCGGUGUUCUUGACCUUCGUACACACCCCAAAUCAUGUUCUUUGUUCUUGAAAUCUCUUGAUUUGGGUAUUUCCAGAAAGAAUUUCCUGCUAUAUUGCACAAAUGAGAAUAAUCAGCUAAAAAUCAUAAAGGCAUUGGACGUGGCCUCCUCAGAAACAGCCUCUCGAGCGUAUGCACAGGUGUACCUUCAGAGUGCUCCACUCCCCGAAAGGGCCAUUUUUCUUUUGCAAGACUCGAGUGUGGUUGUUCCUGUUGCUCAAGGACAAAUCAUGUUAUCGCAUCUGUUGAACAUGAGGGAAGAGGUUGAAAAAUUCAGAAAGAACGCCGAACAAAUUCCGAGAUCCACAGACUAUCACCCGAUCACUGACUACCCUAGACGAAUAAGUGACCGGAUCAGUCGAAGUCUCACAAAAGGCGAAUUCACGAUGGAUUAUACUAGCAUUCUUAAAGAUUUGAAGACAAGAUCGUCGUUGAAUAUUUUUGAACAAACACCCUCAGGCAACGACUUGGACCACCGACUUCUCAACACCAUUGUGUACCAGCUUUCUCAAGGUCCUAAUGCAGAAAAGUACGCCAAUGAGCCCAAAAUCAAAGGUGCCGGCCACUUUGAUUGGAGGUUUUUCAAACACAUCGAGCACUCAGACUAUGACCGUAUCAGCCGGCUACACAAGUUGGCAAGUGCGUGGCUCAAGUUCUCCAACUCAGCCGGUCUCAAAACCUGGUUGGGUCAUGGCACCCUUCUCGGCUGGUACUGGAAUGGAAUGAACUUACCUUGGGAUAACGAUCUAGAUGUUCAAAUAUCCAUGAAGUCACUCAUAAAGCUUGCACGUAACUAUAACCAGUCAUUUGUGGUUGAUUUGGAUGAAGAAGACCCUUCUGGAGUGGCUGCUUUCUUUAUUGAUGUAAGCACCCAUAUCUUCGAGAGAAGCAAGCAAAAUGGUGAAAACGUCAUAGAUGCUAGAUUUAUCGAUGUGCACUCUGGGCUAUACAUUGAUAUCACCGGGUUGAGUUUCACCGAGCACUCAAAACACAUGUCUAUCAGCGAAAAGCAGCUGGUGGAGUUCAAUCAAAUGUUGGAUCCACAGUACCCAGAGAAAGAAAGAUCUCAGACCCUCGUGUUAUCGGAGUUGAACAAACAGCUUUUUUCCAAGAGGGCACAGUUGUACUACGACCAAACCAUCUUCAACUGCAAGAACAACCAUUUCUAUACCCUUGAAGAGCUCAGUCCUUUGAAGCCGACACUUUUUGAAGGGAAACUUGCAUAUGUUCCCCCCCAGUAUGAGCACAUUCUCAAGCGAGAAUACCCUCGGGGUCUUUAUUAUAAAGUGUUCAACAAACACUCAUACCACCCUGUUCUCCGCCUAUGGAUCCCCACUUCCACGUGUAACUUCCUUAAAACCUCCGUGUGCAACGACGCAGAUGUGGUCUCAUACUAUAACCAUACUGCCCAUCUCACCUACACCCACAAACAAAACAUGUUUUAUGGAGCCCACCAAUUGGACCCGUUGGCGGUGGAGUUUGUCGAUCCAUGGAUGCUAGGACGGUUCCGGCUCCUUGCAUCCCUCACGUGA